AUGAGUAGAAGUUCAUUAAUAUUUGAGAAUAAUAAUGAUAAUAAUGAAAAGAAAAAAAGGAAACUAUUUCAAGAUGAGUAUAACUACCAAUCAUGUUACCCUCUGAGUUAUUUGAAUGUAUAUAAUAAUAAUAACAACAAUAAUAAUAAUAAUAAUAAUAGUAAUAAUAAUAGUAAUAAUAAUAAUAAUAAUAAUAGUAAUAAUAAUAGUAAUAAUAAUAGUAAUAAUGAUAGUAAUAAUGAUAAUAAUAGAAUAUAUGACUAUGCAUAUAGUCAAUCAUAUAAUUAUACAUACGAUCAAACUUAUAAUGAUGUAUAUAAUAAAAUAUAUAACGAUUCAAAAAAUAUAGCACAAAAUGUAUUAAACGUACAAGUAAAUGAAGAACCAUAUGAUAAAUCUCUCAACAAUUCACAUACCACUUACCCUUUUAGUAAUAUUAUUAAUAGUAAUCAACUUAAUAGUAAUAUUUUAAAUAAUAACGAAAUGAUUGAUAUGCGGAAUUUUUAUGAAAACGGUAAUUUUGUUAGCUCUAUGAUAGAAAAUAAAGAUCAAAAUCAAUUUAAUGAACCGAAUAAAAAUAAUUUGAAUAAUACUAUGGCAAAUGUUAAUAAUAUAAACAACAUAAAUAAUAUACAAUUUGAUAAAAGCCUAUUAAUUAAUUGUAUAGAUGUCUUAUUAAAUUUUAUGAAUUAUAAUAAUUUAAAAGACACAAUAACAGAAGAAACUCUUCAUGAAAAUUUAAUCAAUUUACGUUUUUAUAUUUUAAGAUUAAAUGGAGGAAAAGUUAGCCAAAAAAAAAUUACUGAAUAUUUUCAUAAAAUGUAA